AUGGCGCGGGGGACAAGGCGCAGGGGCUGCUUCACACCCUCCGCACGGCUGCCACCGCUGCUGCUGGACGCACCCGCCCUUAGGGUGGAGGAAGACCCUCGCCAGCCUUUCUCACAGCUCCGAACGCUCUGCUCUCCUCAGCAAGCCCUCACUCUAUACCCCGGCAGUGGGGGGGGGGGGGGGGGGGAAAGAAGAAGAGGCCCGAUUGGCACCCGCCCUAAAAAGCCGCAGCUGUGCGGCGCCUGGGACGGGACCCGCCCGGGACCGCAGCGCCGACAGACCCCGGCCCAGCCCAGGGGGGCUAAAGAGGAGCCCAGAGCCUCCUCGGGGGCUGCUCUCGGCCGAGGGGAGCCACAGCCGGCGUGUGCUGCUGCUGGGGGGGCUUUAUUGUGCUCAGCUGAGGGUGAGGGGAGCGGAACCCGCCUGCGGCGUGGAGGGGGAGCGCAGCUCCUGCCCGCCCGGGGCCCGCGGUGGGGUUCGGUGGUGGUGCUGCUGUUCCGCCUGCGGGGCCGGCUGAAGCUCCCCGCCACACCUCGGCGACGCCCCGCCGGCAUAAAAAAAGCGGGAGGCGGCCCCGGGGGCACUCUGUGCCAUGAAGCUCACCUGGGACAUCAACGACCCCAAGCUGCCGCAGGCAAAAAUAUCAGUUCGUACUAUACUAAUAACGUUCUCUUGUUGUUCUCCUUGCUGCCUUGCCCUCUCUCCGCACCUGCUCUGCUGCAGGAGCCCAAGCACUUCGAUGCCUUCCAGGAAUGGCCCGAUGGCUACGUGCGCCUCAUCUACUCGAGCGAGGAGAAGAACGCGCAGCGGCACCUCAGCGGCUGGGCCAUGCGCAACACCAACAACCACAACUGCCACAUCCUCAAGAAGUCGUGCCUGGGCGUGGUGCUGUGCGCCCGGGGCUGCGCGCUGCCCGGCGGCGCCCGCCUGCAGCUGCGCCCCGCCAUAUGCGACAAGGCUCGGCAGAAGCAGCAAAAGAAAGCCUGUCCCAACUGUAACUCUGCCCUCGAGUUGAUUCCUUGCCGAGGACACAGUGGCUAUCCGGUCACAAACUUCUGGAGGCUUGAUGGCAAAGCAAUAUUUUUCCAGGCUAAAGGAGUCCAUGACCACCCCCGGCCAGAGAGUAAACUGGAGGCAGAGGCAAGAAGAAGUGCAAUUAAGAAGCAAAUGUCCUCUUAUCACCACUCCCAGAAAAAGAGAUCUCUAAACUCAGAGGCAGGCAGGUUCCAUGACAGCAGUGGUUACACCAAUAACCUACAGAAUUUUCACUGCAUGGAUGGCCCAGAAAGAGCUGGUACCUUCACAGACACCAACUUUUCGAUUCCAGCCCAGCCUUACCCUUCGCUGCAGAACGCAGACCUCUACAAGGCACCUUACGACUCAGCCAGCUUCCAGGAAGACCAGCUCUCGCCAUACCCUAAAUGCCCAAAUCCGAGGCUCUACGUGCCCAGACCAUGCAGUUACGAGUUUGGAGUUCCUACCUUUAUAAGCUCGAGUCCUUACCCAACAUUCUACAAAGAUCUGACCAGUCCUGCCAUGGAUGCAGACCCCCUCAGUCUGAACGGGUCUCACUACAACUCUGUGACCACUCACGAUAAGAGCUUUGACAGCCCUGGCAGACAUUACGGACUGAAACCGGCGUGGGGGAAACCGGGCAGCGGAGACCGCAGUGACCACGGGCAGAUGCCACCAAGUGCUCCCCACCCUUACUGUGGUGGGGACUAUCCCUGCAGGUACAGCCCUGGCCCCGCGCCCAUGGCCCCGCCGCUGCAGACCGUCAUCACCACCACCACCAAGGUGUCCUACCAGGCCUACAAGCCACCCAUGCUGAAAUACGGCGACAACCUCUGUGACAUGAAAAACCUCCAGAGCUACACCCACGUGGCAGAAAACGUCUCAGGUGCCAUCUAUUCGGGGAUGAAGAUUCAGGAAGACUUUGGGAUGAUAAAGUCAGCGUUGCUCUACCAGCACGACUCCAUCCCCAUGAAAUCCAAACCAGCUGAGGGCGUGGAGAGCUAUCGGUAUGGGCUCCCUCUGGGCAGCAGCUUUGCUGAGCAGGAGGGCCAGGCCCUAAGAUUCGAGAGUGCUGAAUACUGACUAAACCGUGCCUAAAUGGCAAAUACCUGCAGAUGGGAGAACAGAUUAUUGUGCUGACCAUGUGACUGCUAAGCCAAGUGGUUUGGGAUUCGAGGAGAUAUAAGGAAGCAGAACAUCAAGACAGCUUUCUCCCAAAAGCACCUUUCUGGAGCUGCGUGCUGAGUGAAUUACAUUUUGCAUCUAAUUUCAAAGAAGCCCCACACAAUCUCUAAAAUGGCACAAGGAACUGAGCCCAA